AUUGUCUUCUACCUUGCCCGUGUUCGUUCCAGACCCCCUUUUCGCUGCCAUGGCUCGGUUUAUACCAAACGUCUUUAAUCUCUGGGCUGUGGUGUUUGUUGCAAUCGGCUCAAUUGGCUGCUCUUAUGGCCUUGCAAUUAUGGGAUCUAUCAUAGGACAGCCAUCUUUUUAUGUAUUCCUGAACUUGGCACCGCCGGGCACACCUGGCUAUGCCAAAACGAGUGCCUUGAUUGGGGCCUUUAACGGUAAAUUUGCGCCUCUCAGUUCCGCGGGCGCGGUUCUUGGGGCCGUCUUUAGUGCCUGGUCUGCAGAUCGCUUUUCUCGCAAACACAGCAUGCAGCUUGGAGCUGUGAUCGUGAGCAUUGGGGCUGGUCUCUGCGCCGGAUCAACCAACACUACAAUGUUCUUGAUCGCGCGUUUCAUUGCAGGCUUUGGCCUUGGCAUGCUGUUCAGCAUCAUUCCCAUGUAUCAGAGCGAGAUUAGCACGCCAGAGACCCGCGGGUUUAUGGUCUCUUGGAUCAGUCUCGGUGUCUACUUUAUCACAGCAUCCGGCUCUACAUCGAGCUUUCCUUGGCGUUUUCCCAUGGCUUUCCAGGCAGCGCCUGUACUGGUUCUCCUCGCUGGAUCAUCUAUGCUACCUUACUCUCCAAGAUGGCUCAUGCGAAAGGGCCGGUUCGAAGAAGCCCAUGCCGUAUUGAAGCGUCUGCAUGCGUCCAAUGACGAAGCGUCCAUCUCACGCGUUGCCAAGGAAUUUCACCAAAUUCGACGACAAGUCGAACAAGAUCAAGAGAACCAGAGUGGAGUUGUCUGGUACGAGCUUUUGCGGACUGCACCAAAUCGAAAGAGGACCAUCAUCGCCAUGGUCCUCAUGUGGGGGGGCCAGCUCACUGGAACCCUCGUUCUUUCCAAUUCUGGCGUCCUCCUGUUCAUCAGUCUCGGCCUCGAUGGCUAUAUGCCGCUGCUCCUUCUCGGAAUCUGGGUCACAGUUGACUUCCUCGGCAACAUCAUUACGGCACUUUGUCUUGACCGCUUCGGCCGCCGCAAGUUUCUUCUCGUAGGGAUAUCCGGCAUCUUGGUCUCGCUCAUCUGCGAGUGGGCCUUGCAGGCCAAAUAUCUGGGUACAGACAACAUCACAGGCCUGAACGCCGCCGUCUUUUUCAUCUACCUAUUCAUCGCGUUCUACGGCUGCUGCAUAGAUGCGACGCAAUUCGUGUACCUGACAGAGAUCUUCCCGAACCACAUUCGCAGUCAGGGCAGCGCCUUUGGCAUCGUCAACAGCGCUCUGGCAUCAUUGAUCAUGCUCAUGGUCGCACCAAUCGCUCUGGAGAAGAUUACUUGGAGGUUCUUCCUUGUGCUCAUUGUACCCACAGCAUGCUAUCUAUUAAUCGUCUACUUCUUCUUCCCCGAGACUUCCAAGAAGUCUCUCGAGGACAUCAGCGAGGCCUUUGGCGAGAAAGUAGCUGUCCACUACAGUCAUGCUACCCAGGCUGAGGAAGAGGAGUAAAGAAAGGCUGCCGAUCACGAGAUGGAUUCCAAACUCAAGGGAGCGCCAAAGGAUGAUGGCGUCGUACAUCAUGUGGAAAGGUCUUCAGGCUACGUUUAAUGGUCCAAAGCUUGAAGACUAAGAUGAAACAACU